ACUAAGUACUACUUAGAAUUAAUAUUUCUUAUUAUGUAAAAUUAUCUCCCUUAAAUUCUUGGGUAGAGUAAUAUGCUUUCUCUAUUAAAAAUGAUUGUAGUUUUGAUAUGAAAGGAUUAAAUUUUUCUGUUUCUUAUUGCUUUGUUUCUUAUUGUAUUUACCAGCCCUAUAUCCUCAUAAAAGUAAUAAAAUUAAUAUGCAACCCAAUUACCAAGGUGUAAGAAUUUCCACCAAUUAAAAACGUCUUUGCUGCAUUGAUUUGAAUUAUUAACUACGGUCGGCACUUAAUAAUUACCUACUCCAUGAUUUGCAAAAUCCUUUAUUGGCACUAAAACUUUCAUAGCCGCUAGAAUGCCACGUAUCAAAAAGUCAUCGCCCACCAUGAUGCCCAUAAAGCCUUUCCAGAAUAAUCGCACUUCUGAUCUUUUCCAUACUAUUUGCAAAAUCAUAUACUUGAGCUGUGCCACCAACUUCUGGUUCGAGGACAUAGAUUAUCCUGCAAUAUUUAUGAAAAUCUACAAUUCAACAUCUCGAGUCCUCGAAGUCACAGUAGCUGUGUUAAUCAUAUCCGAUUGGGGUGCUUUCUGGACGCAGCCAAAUUUAACUGAAAAGCAGAGCAAUGAUAGAAUGUUAUUCGCGUUUUCUCAUGUUGUUCUCUAUUCGGUUUAUUGCAGCGUUAUUUAUUAUAAGCGAGAAAUCAGAGAGUUGGUGAUGACACUGACUGUGAGAUUGAAGGAGGUUUGUUACGAUGGAUCGAUCGAGAAGAUGAUGCUUAGAACAACGUUUCGGUAUACGACGGCGUUUGUUUUUGUAUGUAGCUCUACGUUGUUUUCUUUUGGGAUUGGAAGUGGAUUUCAGGCGCUUACAACAAAUGCGACUUUCACCACCAUAAUACCUAUAUGGCCCGACGUAGAAGACCGAAGACUUGUCGCCGGAGCUGCUCGCAUAAUCCUAUACAUCGUCUGGUGGAUUUUCCUGGUCCGGUUCAUCUCCGUCUACAUCAUACUUCUGAUUAGCACCAUUGGUAUUGCGCACCAGUUUAAGAAUCUGUGCAAAUAUUUUGAAGACCUGACCGAUAUCUUUGAAGGUAGUGGCAGUCAGGAGGAGAAGGAGAGGAGAUAUGAAAAUGCUUUUAAAGUUGGGAUUAAAAUGCAUUCUAUCACGCUAUGGUGCAUGCGGCAGAUACAGCUAGUGGGCGGCGUGGCGUUCAGCGGGCAGGUUAUCAUCAACGUCAGUGUACUCGGCCUACUCAUGAUUCAGAUGAUGUUCACAGAAAGGACACUGAUCGCGGUGAUGCCGAUCAUCUUUAUGGUGUCGUCGGUCCUGGUCGGCACUGGAGUAUUCUUAUGGAACGCUGGAGACGUCACCAUCGAGGCAUCUCGUCUGCCAGCAGCCAUGUUCCACUCGGGCUGGCACAACUGCACGAGGCAGUCCUCGGUGCGCGUACGCAAGCUGGUCACUAUCGCCAUCGCGCAAGCACAGAAACGAGUACGGAUUAAAGGGCUCGGAUUCAUCGAAUUAUCAUAUGAAUCUUACGUUACGAUUGUUAAGUCAUCAUACUCUCUAUUUUCAGUAAUAUACUAAAUAUUUAAUUUAAUUUACAUGAAGAAUCUUUCAUCACUGUUCAAAAACGCAAAUUUUACAGAUGGAAACUUCGUCACAAUUAUAACCAUCUGGCCCGAGGUCCACGACCAGUCACUCCUCGCGGGAGUGGGUCGCGUUGGAAUCUACAUCCUCGGGUGGCUGUGGAUGCUCCGAAUAACCAUCGCCUAUCUCCUAGUCAUCCCUGUCAACACAUCCCUCAGCCAUCAGUAUAUGAAUCUGCAGGUGUACUUUAAGAGUAUCGCGGGUACAUUUGAUGAGAGGAUCAGUCAAAGUGAGAAGGAAGAGAAGUUUGAGCGAGCUCUUAAGCUUGGUAUAAGAUUGCAUGCUACCACCAUUUGGUGCGCACAACAAGUGCAGAGAACUUGCGGAGAUGUAUUCAGCGGACACAUCAUCGUCAACAUUUGCGUGCUUGUGCAGCUCAUGUCGCAGUUUCAGAAUUCCGACCGUACCCUGAGUCAAAUGAUGCCUAUAUUAACUACCUUCGCGAGCAUGCUGUUCAGCACAGGAGUCAUCAUGUUGAGCGCGGGAGACAUCACCGUUGAGGCAGAGAAUUUACCGACGGCCAUCUUUCAGUCAGGAUGGCAGAACUGUACGAAUCAGUCUUCAUAUCGUAUCCGACGACUAAUGCUGAUUUCUAUGGCCCAAAGUCAGAAACCUGUCAUCAUGAAGAGUUGUGGAUUCAUAGAACUCUCUUAUCAAUCUUAUUUAUCGAUCGUGAAGGCAUCGUACUCCUUAUUCUCCGUUUUGUAUUAAUCAUUUAAGUUUAUUAAUAAGGUACAUAUUGAUAGCGUACUUACCUAAUAUUAGUAGUAAUUAUAAAUAGUACCUAAUUUUAGUAGAACUUAUAAAAGAUGUAGUAAGUAUUGGAAAUGAACACAACUGUAAAGGUUUGUAUCCAUAAGCAGGUAGUAUUUUAUCUGCCACCAUCGAUUUAAUAUACAAUAUAUAUUAAGACAUCGAUUUAACAUACCAUAUUAUGGUAUAUUAAAUCGAUGUCUGCCACAGAUAAACAAACCGGCUAGUAGUGUUGUUACCAACCUAACAAAAUAUUGAAAUAAAAAAGUAAUGUAUAAGAUGUUUGUUUUAUUUAUAUCUGUUCAGGUACCUAGUAAUUAUAUAAUACGUAAUCCCAACAGAACAUUAAUGUGAAAAUGGGAGUCAAGUUCACUAAGAAUAUUUCCUUGCCCUGUCGAUUUGACCAGAUUUCUAAAGGUGCUCCCACACUGGCUGUUAUAUAUAACGUAACGCUAUACACCGUGAUCUUGUUAUCACUGACCAAAUUGAAACAUAAGCAAGUGCAUGAAAAAUAAUGAUACACGUGUUUUCUCUUUUCAUAUCAUCUAGUACAUUUUUUUGAGAAAUGGAACCACAAACUUUGUGGCUAACUACGUGCCCACUGCCAACAAGUCCUCUACAGUAGGUAAGAAAAAUCUGCGUACUGUAAAAGGGGUGCCGCCUAAAUUGUGGUAAAGAAUAAACGCAGACGUAUAUUUCUGAUUCUAUAUACCUAAAUUAGAAUUAAGACAUGUUAAAAUUGAUUAUGAGCCUUGUAGCUUGAAAUAAAGGAAUUUUAUUUUAUUUUUAUUAUUUAUUAUUUAUAUUUUUUCAUCCAUCAACAAGAUCACAAACAUCGACUACUCUUAAUGGUUGCCACCUUCGGAAUGCCCGAUUGCCCGCCUGCAGUUAUCUAAUCAUCUAGCAGGGCUAUAGUUCUGAAUUCAAAUACAUACUCGUUGCCAGUUAUCGACCAAAAGACUUUGUAGGUUUCAAACCUUCAUAUUACCUAUAUGGGAAUAGGUAAUGCGACAAACGCGUAUAAAAAAAACUAUUUCAGUGAUAUUUUUUUACAGUAAUAACACAUUUAUACAAAUGGGAAUACAAAAUUUUAGAAGAAAACGUAAGUACCUAUAGGAUAGUAUAAAACGAUAGUUCUAAAAUAAAUGCCUUUUAAGUCUGCAAUGACAGUUUGGAAUAUAUACUGGAAUUACGUAAACAAAAAUACACAAAAAAUAUUGUAUAAAAUUAUAUCUUAAAAGUAAUAAGUGGCUCUUGAUUUUUAUAUAAUUGUUUUUUAUUGCACUAGUUUGACAUUAUGCUUAUGAACGUAAAUUCAUGACACCCUGUUUUGUAAAUUCAAAUUAAGUUGGCAUUAAUCCUACGUAUUUCUGUACUGUAUCGCGCUUGCAUUACACCGCCACGGCUGCUGAAGUGGUGGAGUAUGUACAACAGAAGACCGGCUACACGCUAAGGGUGUUCCAGCUUUGAUCGCGCCACUACGUGCACUCUAACUCUUUUAUUAUUUAUUUAAACUUUAUUGCACAAUACAUGAAGAGUACAAAUGCCAGAAGGCAUUCUCUACCAGUCAACCAUGACACCAUGAGCCAAACCGAAAGAUCUUAGUGGUCUUUUUUGUGGUGCGCGUGCCGCAACCGCUGCAGGGGCAGUGUUGGCCGAACGUUAAUGCAAUUGACGAUUAAACAUUACACAUUGCAAAGAUUCAUUAAAAUUAACCAAUAAAAAUGCAGGAAAUUAAUGAUAAAUUGCAUUGAACAUUAAUUUGCAUUAACAUCAAUCUAUCUUGAACAAUUAACAAUAAAAAAUAUUUAAAAAAAUUGCGUCGGGUGUUAGGAACAGCAGGUCUUCUGGUGGUCCCGAGUAUCAGUGCAGAGGGCAUCGGUGAAUUAUAUAAUGCUCCAUAGUCUGGAUUUCCUUGCCACACUCGCUCACCGCAGAAUCUUUCCAACCCUAUUUAUGCAGAAAAUUCAAAAUUGAAAAAUUUAUUAUGCAAGUAAGCCUCUUUUACAUGUCAAUACAACAUCUAUAUGUAUAGUGACAUGAAAAAUACAUAACAACAUAUAAAUACACCAGCCAAUACCUGGGUAAACAUUAUAAUAAUCUUAAAAUAAAUAAUUAGGUCCUACAAUACAAUAGAGAUGUAUAGUCUCUAUGGUUAAAAAGAAAGUAAUUGCAGCGACCGUCAUUUUAUAAAAGGCGUCCAAGGGAUCAUAGGUCUGCAAGGCUAAACUUACUCGUAUCGUAUAUAAGUUUUGAGUAUAUUUUACUCAUCCUCCUUAUGAACCCUGACAGUACCUAUACCUUAGUGGAACUCAGAUUUGAGUCAACAUAGGCAUACGCUGUUUUGGUCAUCCGAAUUGUCUUAAUGAGCACUUGGAAGAGCAGUACCCAAGAUACAGCUGAUGCUGAACCCUGGCAGUACUAAUGGAACUAAAGUUUGGUGCAACAUAGGCACACGCUGGUUUGGUCAUCCGACACAUCUUGAUAAGUACAUGGGAGAGCAGUAUCCAAGAUACUUAGAGCUGAUGCUGAACCCUGGCAGUACCAGUGGCAGUAUAGUUGACUCACAGCUACAAUUUAAAACCCAAAACAUGCCUAGAACUUCCAAAAUUAUUUUAGUAUAUUUGACAUGAAUUUUGUUAAAUUUGAAGUUUUUGAAAGUUACGUUUUUUUUUCUUGCUUGAUUUAGGACCGAGAACUUCGAUAACUCUGGAGUUUUAUUAACAAUAGAGCAAGAGCUAUCGUUUAUAGCCAAAUAUAUAUCUGUGCCUUGUUAAAUUACAUCAGCAUGGCAUGUGUGAAGUUAGCAUAUCUAAGAAUUUAAAAAUAAUUAAAAUCCGUAAUUAAUGGUCUCAGUAAUGCCUUUUUUGUG